UAACAGCGGUUUGUCUGUGUUUCUGGGCUGAAGUGACUGAUGAAAAACAGUAGUCAAGUCUGGAGGGUGAUUCCCUUUCAGUUCACUUGCCUUUCAGUUCUGGGGAAAUUAGAAGAUUUGCUCUCUGUCUCUGCUUCUUAGAAUGGGCUGCAAUUUGUGCACUUUUCAGAAAAGAGAGGAACACUACAAACUGCUGUAUGAAGUUUCCCAGGUCAAUGGGAAGGAUCUCUCAAAGGCCACCCAUGAAGAGGCAGUGGAAGCUUUUCGAAAUGCCAAGGAACCCAUUGUGGUCCAGGUGCUAAGACGGACGCCUCUCAGUAAACCCGCGUAUGGAACGGCCCCGGAAGUGCAGCUCAUGGACGCCAGCACUCAGACAGACAUCACCUUCGAACACAUCAUGGCUCUGGCCAAACUUAGACCACCUACCCCUCCAGUGCCAGACAUCUGUCCAUUUCUGCUCUCAGACAGCUGCCAUUCUCUUCAUCCGAUGGAGCAUGAAUUUUAUGAGGACAAUGAGUAUCUUUCCAGCUUGCCUGCUGAUGCAGACAGAGCAGAGGACUUUGAAUAUGAGGAGGUCGAGCUGUGUCGUGUUAGCAGUCAAGAGAAGCUGGGCCUGACAGUCUGUUACCGAACGGAUGAUGAAGAAGACACGGGCAUUUAUGUCAGCGAGGUAGAUCCAAAUAGCAUUGCUGCCAAAGAUGGCCGAAUUCGAGAAGGGGAUCGUAUUUUGCAAAUAAAUGGGGAAGACGUCCAGAAUCGAGAAGAGGCAGUGGCGUUGCUGUCGAGCGAGGAGUGUAAGAGAAUCGUGUUGCUCGUCGCAAGGCCAGAGACUCAGCUGGAUGAAGGCUGGCUGGAAGAUGAAAGGAAUGAAUUCUUAGAGGAGUUAAACUUGGAGAUGCUGGAAGAACAGCAUAAUGAAGCAAUGCAGGGCACGGCCAAUGAGGUGGAGCAGCCAAAAAAACAAGAAGAAGAAGAGGGCACAACAGAUACGGCAACGUCCUCCUCUAACAACCACGAGAAAGACAGUGGGGUGGGGCGCACAGAUGAAAGCUUGCGGAACGAUGAGAGCUCAGAGCAGGAGAACGCAGCGGAGGAUCCCAACGGCGCAUCCCUGAAGAGCAGGAGAGAGCUGGGGCAGAGCCAAGACACUCUAGGAAGCGUUGAACUUCAGUGCAAUGAGAGCUUCGCGUCUGGUGAAUACAUAGACUCAGACUGCAUUGGCAACCCAGAUGAGGAAUGUGAAAGAUUCCGACAGCUCUUGGAGCUCAAAUGCAAGAUUCGAAACCAUGGAGAAUAUGACCUGUAUUACUCGAGCAGCACAAUAGAAUGCCAUCAAGGGGAACAAGAGGGAGUGGAGCACGAACUACAGUUGCUUAACGAAGAACUGAGAAACAUUGAACUGGAGUGCCAGAAUAUCAUGCAGGCUCACAGGCUCCAGAAAGUGACAGACCAGUAUGGAGACAUCUGGGCUUUGCACGAUGGAGGAUUCCGGAAUUACAACACCAGCAUAGACAUGCAAAGGGGAAAGCUAGAUGACAUCAUCGAACAUCCAGAAAAGUCAGACAAGGACAGUUCUAGCGCUUACAACACAGCUGAAAGCUGCAGAAGCACUCCACUCACUGUGGACCGUUCCCCUGACAGUUCCCUUCCAAGAAUGAUCAACCUCACCAAUAAGAAAAACCUGAGAAGCACAAUGGCCGCCAAUCAGUCUUCUUCCGGGCUGAGCAGUAAAGAGUCGACCUCCCCCAAAGCCAAAAGCACUGAACCAGGUUGCAGCAUUGAAGGCAAGGAGAAGAUUUCAGAGAGCGGCAAGCUUUCUGAUCAGGAGCAAACCAGCAGCGAACACAUCCCUUACCUCUCCCCUUACCACAGCUCCUCCUACAGAUACGCAAAUAUCCCGGCACAUGCCCGCCAUUAUCAAAGCUACAUGCAGUUGAUUCAACAGAAAUCUGCAGUGGAGUAUGCGCAGAGUCAGCUGAGUUUAGUGAGCAUGUGCAAGGAGUCUCAGAAGUGUUCAGAGCCCAAGAUGGAAUGGAAGGUGAAAAUUAGGAGCGACGGGACGCGGUACAUAACAAAGAGACCAGUACGAGACCGGAUUCUGAGGGAACGUGCCUUAAAGAUCAAGGAGGAGCGCAGUGGCAUGACGACGGAUGACGACACCAUGAGCGAGAUGAAAAUGGGCCGCUACUGGAGCAAAGAGGAAAGAAAGCAACACCUGGUUCGGGCCAAGGAGCAGCGUCGGCGCCGGGAGUUCAUGAUGCGGAGCCGGUUGGAGUGUCUCAAGGAGAGCCCCCAGAGCGGCAGCGAGGGCAGAAAGGAGAUCAACAUCAUUGAACUGAGCCACAAAAAGAUGAUGAAAAAAAGAAACAAGAAAAUUUUGGACAACUGGAUGACAAUCCAAGAACUGAUGACCCACGGGGCCAAGUCUCCUGAUGGCACACGAGUUCAUAAUGCCUUUUUGUCAGUCACCACCGUAUGACCGAAUGAACAGCGAUGCAACUGAUGUUAGGAGGGCGCUACCAGUUUGGGUAGAGUAUGAUUGCCUCGUUCAAUGCGGCGUUUUUAUAUAUAUUUUGCGACUCUUUAUAGUUUAAAGUUUUUGUAAGCAAAAAUACCUGGUAAUUUUUCAUUUGUUUUUCAUAUACUAGUACCUUCUUUUUUGGCUGAGAUCUUUCUUUAACUUGUGAUAUAUUCAUAUUACUCAUUUAUAUAUAUUAAAAAAAACAAACACAAGGAAAGAAAACAAAAAACUUGAACAAAAAUACUGAGGAGCCAAUUAAUUUCCUACUUUAAUGUAUCUAUUGUAAGUUAAGAUCUGGAUUUAUUUCUCUAGUUUACUUAUUUUCUACUCUAAUAACAACUCAAUGCCAAAACAUUUCUAUGCUUGCUUCUUGGCAUAAUACGUAUGAAAUCAAACCUGUUAAUAAAUCAUGUGCCACAUCUUGUCUUACGCAUAAAAACCACCUCUUUUUAACAUCCCGUUGUACAUUAACACAUCAAUGGCCGUUGUCUUUGUCUCAGUAAAGUGUAAGUGGACAAUCUUCCUGUGGUAUGUAGUGACAUUGGUCAUGUAGCUAGAUAAUUGUGGUAAUUGUGACAAUAAAAAAUAAAUUAUUGAUUAUCCUUAAGAAAAGCUAUCAAGGGGUGUUUUAUUUUCAUUGUUCACUGUGGUUACCAGAUUUAAAUUAGUCAUAUAUGUAUACUAUUUAGAAGAGUCCUAAUUGUGGAUUAUAAAAUGUGUACAUUUUCUAUCACUUUCUUUUCCAAUAAAAUUGUCUCGAAAUACUUCCCAUAGAUCAUUGUGUCACAUAUUCUUACCAGGAUUAAAUUAGAUAAUAUAUGUCAACCAUCUAACAGACGCUAACUAAACAUCCAGUAAAUAUGAGGUUAUCUCCUUUUGUCUGCUACCCAGUAAGGUGAAGCCAGGAAAAAUUCAGGGAAGGACCUGGAGAGAGGAUCGGUGAAGUGUCUGAAAAUGUUUAUAAUGACACUAAAUGUAUUAGCUUGGGAUAAUAAAUAGUAAUUAAUAAUAAUAAAUAAAAAUAGUCAGCUUUGGCCAUAACGAAAUGCCAUAGACUGGCUAGCCUCAACAACAGGAAUGUAUUUCUCACAGCUCUGGAGGAUGUGAAGUCCAAGUGCUGGCAGAUUCAGCAACUAGGUGAGGGCCCUGUUGCAGCUCGCAGACGGCCACCCUCUCCCUCUGUCUUCAGGCGGUGUAGAGAAAGGAAGGAAAGCUGUCUGCUGUCUCUUCUGAUAAGGGCACUGGAUCCCUCAUAGGAGCUCUACCCUCAUGACUUCAUCUAAACCAAAGGUCCCAUCUCCAAAUACCAUCACCUUGGAGGUUAGAACUUCAAAAUAUGGAUUUUAGGGUGACACAACUCACCCCAUAGCACUAUGUGCAUUUAUUUAGCCUAUCAUUUGGGAAUAAAUUGGGGGGAAUCAUCUUUUUAAUAAUUGUGAGCAUAGUCAACUAUAAAUGCCUUAUAUGCCAGUUUAAAAUGAGAUUGCCAAAUUAUCAGAUAGGUUAUUUAAAUCUAGAUUUUCAUCAUAAAAACCAUCUAUGUGUCACUCACGAUACCUCCAGAGUAAAGGCCAGAAUGACCAUGUAUAUGCAAACUGAGUUUGAUCAAAUUUUCAUUCAACCCAAGAGAUUAUUGGAGACACACAGUAGAGACACAACAUCUGAAAAAUUCUGAAGUUACUUUCCUGUUUAAAAACUGACAGUUUCAGCUCUUGAAUCAGACUCUGAUGCCCUGCUUUAUAUUCCAGGCCCUCAUUCACUUGCCCACUUUGCCUGUUGCUCCUUUUUAGAUCUUCUCUGAGUUGAUUUCCUGGCUUCCCAUUUCCACUCCAGUUAUCUUAUGCUGUUCUCCUGUCUGGAGUGUCUGUGCCCAAUUCUACACCUCCCUGAGCGUAUAAUCACAUGUACAUUUUCUCUUUGGAACCCAUUUUGAUGACACCAGACUCUCAGCAUUUUGGCAUACACUAGGAUGCACCUGCAGCAUUGUUUUACCUUCCUUUUUUCUUCUUCUGUUAUUUGAAUCACACACAUAGUAUUUAUUGUCUCCCUGCAUAGAUUUUAUGGAGUUUGGUCGUUGCAUCCCCCUCUGUCUUUGCAAAUCUCUGUAGAGAGCCGUUUGAAUAAUAAUGAAUGCUAGUUGAGUUAAAUUAUUGUAUUUAUCUCUCUCCUCCACGUAUUGGUCCUUUUGUUACUGUUUUCCUUACUGUUCUACCUUUCCAAGUUCUUAUCUCCUGAAAAGCUAUUACAUAGAUGGGGAAAAAAUGAAUCUUAAUUACAUGUAAUGAAAAGCUAGACUCAAAAAUUUUAAGGUAGUGAUAGUAAUAGCAACCUAAGGCAACUGAGAAUUUCAUCACUUCCAGCUUUAGCCAUUGUUAAUACAAUCGACAAGAUUACUCCGAACGUACCUAGAGCUUUUAAAAUAAGAAUGUUGAUCUUAAGAGCUCAGCUUUUUCCUGACCUAAUGCCUGUCGUUAUUGUUUAUCUUCUUGACAUAACUGGGCUUUAAUAUUCACUGCAUUCAGAUUACUCCUAUAGAUAAAUGUGACUUGGAACCAACAUGUAGAUUUUUCCAGAAGAAACAUGGACACAUCUCAUAACGCAGUAUUUCCAAAGUUACCAGCUUACUUUUAUUUUUAUUAAAGCCAAAUGUUCUUGCCAAUUUUUAAAAAAUGUGAUGUUGGUAUUUUUCAUGUCUGUAUUUAUACAUUCUACAAGUUGAGAAAUGUCUUUUUCAAAAAUCAGUGAAAAUCUGAAAGUGUUAUGUUUUUAUCUUUCUACGUAACAUAUCUUUGUGCUAAACAUGUUUUUUAGUCAAUGAAUAAUAAAUCUGUUGCUCAGCAAA